AUCCUUUCCCUGUCUUAUCCAUUUCCCCCUUUCCCAGCCCAUCCUGCAUCAUUUCCCAUCCCUGUAAUGUCCCCUGACAUCAUUUCACUUCCUCUUAUUCCAUCCCUUCCUCCCAGUGCAUCUCCUUCAACCCUAUCCCUGCCCAUCCUAUUCCUUCUCCACCUUUCAUUCCCACUCUCUGUUCUAACCCUUCCCAGUAUUCCUUCAUCCUAUCUCUUCCCAUCCAGUCAUAUCCAUCCCCUUCUUUCCAUUCCUGAUCUUUCCCAUGCAAUGCCUUUAGAUUAUUCCCUUCCAUUCUUUUCCUGAACUGCUUCUCGGUCCCAUCACUUUGCAUUCUAUUCCUCUCCGUCUAUCACUUCAUCCUUUGGUUUCUCCAUCCCAUUCCUCGAUCCUCUGCCUUCUUCACCCCCAUACCACAUCCUAUCACUGCCCACCCUGUCCAUCUCUCUCCCGUCCCUUCCCUGUACUCCUUAUCCCUCAAUCCUCUCCAUGCUGUCUAUUCCUGCCCCACCCCACUCCCCCUACCUAUUUUCCAUCCUGUCCAUCUAGAAUUUCCCAGUCCAAUUCCAUCAAUUCCCCGUCUUAUCUCCCCCCCCCCCCACCCUCGCCAUCCUCUCCCUCCCUGUUUCAUCCCAUUUCCAUUCAGCUCUCCGUCACAUCUCCCCCUCCUCUCCCUUUUAUCCGAUCCACUCCCCCUUCACCACCGGACAGACCUGGUAACCUGCUGUUUAACUCGCCUGUAACCACAGUUUAUUAGCUGUUUUAACCUUAACCACGAGGGGGAUUUAGCCAUGAUGGUGCCAGUUCUUACGAGGCUAUAACCCUGUGACAAUGAUCAACAAUCACUACAACAGCUCCCUGGGCAUUAGCACAGGCAGCUCCAUGAACACUUACCCAUUGACCCUGGAGCAGAAGACCGCUUUCGCUUUUGUCGGCAUCUUAUUCAUUUUCUUGGGCCUCCUCAUUGUGCGGUGUUUCCGAAUCCUCUUGGACCCUUACAGCAGCAUGCCAUCCUCAACCUGGGCGGAUGGGAUGGACGGGUUAGAGAAGGGGACCUUUGAGUAUGCUUUGGCAUGAAGUGAACAGAAGUGCCUUUAAGUGCAUAAACUGAUCUCUAUUGAUGGCAUCAAGAGACCAGUGGAAUCAAAGUGAUGCUCCCAAAGGACCAAGGUGUCAAGGAAUGGUUCCUACUUUAUCGAUGAGACAAUCGUGUAGACCUUAAUGCAGGUCAAGUUAUUGAUGAACUGCAUCAUGGUGUUGAAAUAUCAGCAUCACUUGUUCCCGGAACGGGCUGCCAGGGGUAGCGGUGGAAGCAGAUACGAUGGUGGCGUUUCAGAGGCUUUUAGAUGGACAGGUGAACACUCAGGGAAUGAAGGGAUGUGGAUCGUGUACAGGCAGACGAGAUUUAGUUUCGUUUUGUGUUCGGCACCGACAUUGUGGGUCGAAGGGCCUGUUGCCGUGCUGUAAUGUUCCAUGUUACAGAACCGUGCCACAUGGAAAGAGGCCUUCCAGCCCACUGACCAUCAAACAGCCAUCUACGCUAAUCCCAUUUUAUUGUAUGUAACAACACUCUCCUAUUGGGGUUGUUGGCUUGUGUAGACUGUCAUGGUAACAAUUUGGAUUCAGCAGAAAUUUUAAUUCUAAAUUGUCAGAAUUGAUUAUAUGAACCUGCAAGUUUUAUAAAUUAAUGCAUUGUAAUUGUAUUACCAUACAGCAAUAGAUCUGCCUUGUAGAGCAGCUGGAUCUAUGGUCUGAGUGACAUUAUCUGUAUUUAUGACAGUAGACUAUCACUCAUUGAGGUCUCAGUAAAGGUGAGUUAGAAACAGUUCAUUGUAAUCCAGCAUAUUCUGUGUGGAGAUAAAUUCAAAGUUAUCAGUCAAAAGUAUAUAGUCUGGUAUUACAAAUGUGGCUGUAUAGUGUCCAAUAAAUUAACAUUACUGUG